CCGCGGGCGCGUCGCGGCUCCUCGGCGGUAUUUAUUCCCGGACUCCCGCUCCACGUGAAGCCGUGCGCGAGUUGCCGGCGCCUCCCAGGCGCCCCCUGCUUCUGCUGCUCCCGGGGACCCCCUCACGAUGGCAGGCAUUCUGUUUGAGGAUAUUUUCGAUGUGAAAGACAUUGAUCCCGAGGGCAAGAAGUUUGACCGAGUAUCUCGACUGCAUUGUGAGAGUGAAUCUUUUAAGAUGGACCUCAUCUUAGAUGUAAACAUUCAGAUUUACCCUGUAGACUUAGGUGACAAGUUCCGAUUGGUCAUUGCUAGUACCUUGUAUGAAGAUGGUACUCUUGAUGACGGUGAAUACAACCCCACAGAUGACAGGCCUUCCAGGGCUGACCAGUUUGAAUAUGUAAUGUAUGGAAAAGUGUACAGGAUUGAGGGAGAUGAAACAUCUACUGAAGCAGCCACACGCCUCUCUGCCUAUGUGUCCUAUGGGGGCCUGCUGAUGAGGCUGCAGGGGGAUGCCAACAACCUGCAUGGAUUUGAGGUGGAUUCCAGAGUUUAUCUGCUGAUGAAGAAACUGGCCUUCUGAACCUUGGGGCAUGCCAGCUGUGCUCAAGUCACACUGUCCAAGCCUGAGUAGAAGCUGAUGUUCACCUGUGAAGGAGGAGUGACUCUGCCCACUGUGGGUGCACCUUCAGCUUGUCUGGAGUUCACUGGGACUUGACAUGUAAAAGACCCAGUGGGAUUGCUUAUCAUGAAUCUGAAGUUGUUUUGUAUAUAUAAUUUUUAAAAUUAAACUUUACUUUUAUAGAUUC